AUGUUUUUGCAUCAUGAUCGCAAGUUGCAACCAGCUUGCAUAGAUUAUAGAGAUCUUAUUCCGACAGCAAGAAGUGGACCAGUAGUAGGAAGAAAGAAAGAAAGAAAAGGAGAUGAAACAGAACAAUAUGCUUCCCCCCCCCCUUUUAAACAGUUAGGUAUACUUUUAGGCGGGAAGUUUAAAGUUACAAGCUAUAGCCAUGGAAGCAAGAGGCAGCAGAGGCGUCAGGCGUCCAACGCGGGUUUGAGUCAUGUAGUCGAAUUAAACUACAUUACAUACUGUACAUCUCAAUCAACAAUGACAACCAACUCAUCCCAACCCCAAUGCGACGACUGGAGCGUCUCCUCCGUCCCCAACCAGGAUAACAUCCCCUACUGCUCCAUCGUCUACGACCACAACACCACCCACCGCGACAUCUGGGCGUCGUGCUGCGCGCCCAACCCCGUGCAGAUAUACAAUGGCUGUCUCGAAUGGUGCGAGAUCCCGAGCAGCUAUUUCCAAGGCGUCGAUAAUACCACCCUCAGCAAUGCCGACUCCGGAAUAGUGACGUCGCUUUUCAUGCAGUGUCUGACCAGUGGUGGUAGAAACGCCUCUGCUGCUGCUGCUGCUGCUGCUGCUGCUGCCAGUAAUGAUACGGCUGCGGAUAAUGGGACGCUUUGGGCGUAUCAGACGGGGUGCAAUUUCCCUGCCUCCAGCAAUGCUGCGAUACGGGGAGCGACGUUACCCUGGCAGCAUCGUCAUCAUCAAGAUGGGUUGCCGAUUGUGCCGAUUGUUGCCGUUUUGACCUAUUUCUGGAUGUUGGUGUUGCGGUAG